AUGGAAAGAAAUUUGAUUAAAAAAUGUUCAGUUUGUGAGUGUAAAGAAUAUGUUUGUUUUCAUUAUGGAGUUAGUACAUGUAGGGCUUGUGGGGCUUUUUUCAGGCGUUAUCUUGAAAACGAAAAAAAGAGUAAAUAUAGUAAAUGUAAUUGUUUGCAUAAACAAUUGUUGUUGCUAAAAGAGAAGAAAAUUGAAAGAAAUUGGGAAAAAUGUAAAAAAUGUAGACUUGAUAAAUGUUUUUCUGUUGGAAUGAAAAAAUUGGAUGUCGGAUAUCUACGCCGAGAUAUAUGCCGGGAAGUAAUGGAAGUACAAAGAAAUGAAAUUAACGUAUAA